GCUUUACGUUUUCAACUACGUGAAGUUGGCCACUUUUCCGAACCUACACUUUCUCUCUCUCCAGUUGCUCCCCACUUUUCUGUUGAUGCUUUUGCCCUCUUCUCUGAUAUCCUCUCUCUUCUGAUGUGCUUGCUUUAUCUCUCCCCCUUCCCACUCUUUUUGAUCUGGUGAUACCCCCUGCUCUCUCUCUCUCUCUCUCUCUCUCUCUCUGUUUGCCAUCUUGAGCCAUUCUUAACGGCAUCCCCUCAUGGUGGCACCUACCAUAAAUCUAAACGACUUGGUUGCGAUAUGGAAUUUCAUUUCACCAUAUCUGAAAUAUCUUUCAAACCCUGCAAACAAAAUCAGGCUUCUAAGAGAGGUCAUGCAGCAACUGAAGGCCAUCCGGAAUGAUUUGAAUAACCGUGUGUCCUGUCUCGAGCGACAGGGGGAAACUCGCCUUGGCGAGGUGAGUUGGUUGCUGGACCGCGUAUCAUCCAUCGAGCGAGAGGUGACUAAAAUAGUAGACGACUAUGAACAGAGCAGAUGUCUUGGUGGCUGCUCCAUCAAUUUUUUGAGUAUCAACUGGAGGGCUACCCGCAAGCUGGCAAGGGUGGAGGACCUAAGAAGACAAAUUACCAAUCUUAAGGUCCUCGCCGCCAGAUUGCCUCCGCCUCCGGUCCAGGAGAUACCUCACACGUCGGAGCUGCUGGGAAGGGAGUCAAAUCUAGAGAAGGUUCUCAGAUACCUCAAUGAUGACCACGUAGGCAUCAUUGGGAUAUGGGGCAUGGGUGGGGUCGGCAAGACCUCCCUCUUGCGUCGCAUCAACAACAGUUUUCUCCCCCUCAAUGACCAUCGAAGCGCUAUGUUCCAUCAUGUGAUCUGGGCAACAGUCUCCAAAGACUGUACAGUGAAGCAGCUUCAAAGGGAAAUAGCCAAGAGGCUGGGGAUGCCUUCACCGGAUAAUGAACAGGAAGAAGCCACUGAACGCGAACAAGCUACUGCAAUCUUCAACCACCUGAAGUGUAGGAACUUCUUGUUGCUGCUGGACGACCUAUGGCACAACGUGGAUUUGAAUUCCGUUGGGGUUCCCAUUCCUUCCAGAAGACCCACCGGCCAGCAAAAGCAUAAGGUGGUGUUUACCACACGGACGGAGCAGGUGUGUGGCUCGAUGGCAGCCCACAAAAAGAUCAAGAUAAACUGUUUGGAGCAACAGGACGCAUGGCAGUUGUUCCAGGAUAUGGUCGGCCAAGACACGCUCGAGUCUCAUCCAAAAAUACGGGGGCUCGCAAGGCAAGUGGUCAAGGAGUGUCGUGGAUUGCCCUUGGCUCUCACAGUCAUCGGGAAGGCUAUGUCAAUGAGGAAGACUCCCAAAGAGUGGCAAAAUGCCAUCACACUACUGCGGAGGUCAAAGCUUCCUGAGAUCCUAGAAAAGGACGAGGACAUGUUUCCCAGACUGAAGCUUAGCUAUUAUUAUUUGCCAGAUGAUUCUAUAAGAAAGUGUUUCUUGCUGUGCGCGUUGUGGCCGAAAGAUUUUUGUAUAAACAAGAGGGAACUCAUCGAGUGCUGGAUGGGCCAUGGGUUGAUAGAUGUCGGCGUCUUCGACGACAUCAACGACGCCUACGACAGCGGGCAUACCAUCAUAGGAACACUAAAAUCCGCUUGUUUGCUAGAGCCUGGCAUCAACGAAGACGAUCAGGUGAAAAUGCAUGAUAUCAUCGGGGACAUGGCACGGUGGAUAGCCGCCGACGGAGACGAAAAUAAUCAGAAGUUGAUUGUACAAAGUGGUGCCAUAUUCUGCAGAAGUCCAGCUGAUUUGAAUGUUUGGGCAAUGGUGGAGCAGGUUUCUAUAAUCCGAAGUGAGAUCAGAGAAUUCCCUGGCGCUCCUCCAGUGUGUCCCAAUCUGGUAACCCUAAUGCUCCAAUCGAACCGGUCCUUGAAGUUUAUACCUAGUAAUUUCUUUGUUUCCUUUCCUGCCUUAACUUACCUGAAUCUAUCCGAGACCCAAAUCUUUGAGCUCCCACCGGAUAUUAGCCAAGCAAAAAAUCUUCAAUACCUCAAUUUGUCAUCCACUCUUAUCACGCGUCUGCCCGAGAGCUUAAGAUAUCUCACAAAAUUGAAAUUCCUCCUUCUGAGACGUCUGCGGCGUCUCACUGAGAUACCACCUGGGGUGAUAUCAAAGCUAUCGAUGCUAGAGGUGCUGGACCUAACCGACACUCGGUACGAGCAUUUGGGAGAAUUUGAGGCCCUGACUCAAGGCUCUCGGAAUCACCGUGAAAACAGUUGACGCUAUCGAACGGCUCUCCCAAAUGCAUCAUGUGAUGAUAUGGCGCCUGCUCACAAGGAAGCUGCUCCACUUGCGCCAGCUGUUGCUAUCGAAUUUCCUCAGCAGCCACAACAUGUCGUCAAGCCUUCGGGAGCUGGAGAUUGCAUCCUGUGAGACCCUGGAAAAGAUUAUAAUGCAAAAGGGGAGUGAGACAGCAGGGCAUGGUGGUGACAUUGUAAAUCGGAACUGGUGUCUUCCGAAGCUGGAGAUUUUGGAGCUAAUAGGACUCAAAGAAUUAAAGAAAAUCAGUUGGAGCGGGUUGCGUCCUUCGACUUACUUUCCAACACUUUCUAUCCUGAAAGUAUAUGACUGCCACAAGCUGAAGAAUGUUACAUGGGUUCUCAAGCUCGAGUGCCUAGAGGUGCUUAAAUUGGUCGAUUGCACGAAUAUGGAGCGACUGAUCGAUGAUGCGGAUGAGGCAGAUGCUAUGACCGAUCUGGCGUUUCCGACCCUCAAGAGGAUCGAAUUAAGCAACCUGCCAAAAUUGACCGUCAUCUGUCGCAGUCAGUCCACCUUCCCUUCGUUGGAAGUUCUUGACGUGAGAAGCUGUUCAUCUCUCGGGAGGCUACCUUUCAACUCGGAGACGCCCAAAAACAAAUUAAGAAUAAAGGGUGAGCCGGACUGGUGGGAUAGGUUACGGUGGAAGGGCAGCGAUCUCGAAUCUUCCCUCCAACGCUGUUUCCGACCACGUAGGCGGUAAACAAAACAUCCGGUUGGCUAACUCAAGUUGUUCGGUUGUUGCCGUUGUUGGCGCCUAUUUUUUUUUUUUCUUUUACCUUUUGUUUGUGUGUUCCCUCCACCGUUGCACUUUGCAUUCCUGUGUGUUUUCUUCCCCUAGUUUUCCACGGUGUAGCUUUGUGCCUUUUAAAGUCUAUGUUAGCGUAGGCCCCUGGGUAUUUGUGAUCGAUGAAAUGCUGUUUGCCACCGUCCCUAAUCAUGGUUGAAUGCUCUAGUUUGAAUAAAUGGUUCUAUCAGUCACUACCCG